AUGAGCUCGGCGGGCCUCUUAAGGUCCGCGGGGCAGUUCGUCGCGGGCGCUAUGAGCUCGGCGGGCGCGCGGAGGGCCCUGUGCGGGGUGGCGCUGCUCUGCGCGCUGGGCCUGGGCCAGCCCCCCACCGGGGGCCCCAGCUGCGGCGCCGGCCGCCUCCUGCGCGGGGCCGGGACAGACAGGCGCUGCUGCCGCUCCUGCACCUCGGGCCAGCAGGGCUGCUCUGAGUGGGACUGCACGUGUGUCCAGCCCGAAUUCCACUGCGGAGACCCUCAGUGCAAGACCUGCAAGCACCACCCCUGCCCACCGGGCCAGAGGGCGCAGCCCCACGGGAAAUUCAUUUUGGGCUUCCAGUGUGUUGACUGUGACGCGGGGACUUUCUCCGAGGGCCGAGAGGGCCGCUGCAGGCCGUGGGCUGACUGCUCCCAGUUUGGGUUCCUCACCACGUUCCCUGGGAACAAGACCCACAACGCCGUGUGCACCCCGGAGCUGCUGCCCGCAGAGCCUCGCGCCCCGCUGGCCCUGGUGCUGCUUGCUGUGGCCACCUGCAUCCUCGUCCUGACCAUGGCCCAGCUCGGGCUGCAAGUCUGUCAGCUGAGAAGGGAGCACGCGUGGCCCCGAGAGACCCAGCUGCUCCUGGAGGCGCCACCGCCGGCAGAGGAUGCCUGCAGCUGCCAGUUCCCUGAGGAGGAGCGGGGAGAGCAGCUGGCAGAGGACAAGGGCCAGCCGGGAGACCUGUGGGUGUGAGCCUGGCCGUCCUCACGGUCUCCAGCAGCCGGAGCCUGAGCCGGACCCUCUCCGGGAGCUCACCUAGGCUGAGCCUGGGAGCAGGAGUUCCGUGUCCUGCUCUGGGCCUGGCCCUGCUCCCCUGACGGCAGAAGUGGGUGCAGGACGGAGACUGGGACAAGCCCCCAGACCAUGCAGAAGGGCAGCGGCCGUGGCUGGGCCCUGCAGGAGGGACAGAUGCAGCCGUGGUUGCCUCCCCCCAU